GUCCCUAAUCUUUUGUAAAUAAGUAGGUAUCUAUUCGAUAAAUAUAAUAUAAUAUCAGACAAGGUUAAAUUUAUCAUUACCUAGGUAUACGUAAAAUUAUAAAAACAAGGUAUUUUUCUUAUUUUGUUUAGCGAGAUUGUAGUUAUCGUGAAGGUUACAAAAACUCAUCAAAAACUAUACAUAUUAAAAUUAUACGGUUACGUUUUUGCUUAGAUAAUAUGUGUAUAGAAUUAUAUUUAAUGUGGGGACCGGACGGUCGUUGUUGCCAACGCACAAUCGUACAGCCUUUACAUAUAUAACUGUGUAAGUGUAUCGUAUCAUUGGUUUAUAUAAAGUUAGUACUCAGUAGAUCGGUCAGUGUAAACGUUAAACAUCUCCUUUUUAUAGACAAGAUGGAUUAUUUAAGUGGUUGGUGCAAAAGCAAGAGGAGACUAGAUGGAUACACAGUUAUUAUCACAGGAUGUAAUACGGGAAUUGGAAAGGAAACCACCCUGGAUCUAUAUAAAAGGGGUGCUAAAAUAAUAAUGGCAUGUCGUAACACCGACAAAGCAGAAGAAGCCAAAGCGGAUAUCAUUAAAAAAUGCGAGUCUGAGACAGAAACAGGAUCCUUGGUUAUUGAAAAAUUAGAUUUAUCAAGUCUCAAUUCUGUGAGAGAAUGCGCUUUUAGGAUAUUGGCGAAAGAGGACAAAAUAAACAUUUUAAUAAACAAUGCUGGUAUCAUGAUGAUACCAAAAGGACGGACUGAAGAUGGCUUCGAGACACAGAUAGGGACUAAUCAUUUUGGUCAUGCUAUGUUCACUUUUCUAUUAUUACCUCGUAUUAUAAAGAGUGCACCGCGACCGGCGAGAAUUGUAAACGUCGCGUCUCUUGCGCAUUUUGUUUCAAACGUAAACGUUAAUGAUAUUAAUUUGGACCAAACUUGGUAUGGAUCAGUUAAGGCCUACGGUAGAAGCAAAUCAGCUAAUAUUUUAUUUGCAAGAGCGAUUCACCUUAAAUUAAGGGAACGUAAUAUUAAUGAUGUGAACACAUAUAGCUUGCACCCAGGUGUUGUCCGCACUGAACUAGGCAGAAAUUUUUUUAGGGGGUUAAUUUUUGGUGCGACUUGGGUGUUUAAUAAUAUUAUAAGCGUAUUCAUAAAGUCACCUCAAUGUGGCGCACAGACUACUAUUUAUUGUGCUAUCGAUGAGGAAUGCGCAAACGAAAGUGGACUUUAUUACAGUGAUUGUUCUAAAGCAAGAAGAUCCAGCCAAUGUCGGAAUGAUUCAGAAGCUUUGAAAUUAUGGGAUAUGACUAUUGAAAAAUUAAACCUGCAGAAGUAUGACCCUUUGGGAGACGUCGAUCCAACUGAAGAUAUUUUUAUUCAAAAAGUUUAGAUGUGGCAUUUUUCGUUAAAAGAUAAAUGUGGUGGUGCAUAAAAUAUUUUUUGAAGGUGCAUACACAUUACACAUAAGUACAUAAUCAUUUUGUGAAUAAUUUGUCCAGACUCCAGACGUAUUUAAUUAUUUCCGUGUAUGCCGAAGAAUAAAUCAUACUUUGAAUUAUCAAUAGGUAUUACAUUUUUUGGUAUCCAGUGAAAUUAAUAAUCAAAGAUUAUCAUUAACUUAUUAAUUAUAUACUUAGUUAGCUUAUACCUAGUUACUUACAGAUAUAAAAAAAUACAGAAUAUAUAUUUAUACAUUAAAUAUUUAAUACAUACUAGACUAAUAUUCUCGUAACUUAUAUUUACUUCUGAGUACAUUUUUGCGAACACUGCUCUUAAUUCGAAAGGAACCGUUGGCGGGUUUUUCACAGAAAAACAUAGACGGCAAUAGACAAUUGUUAGUAGACAACAGACCACUGCGACGUACACCCCCACACCGGUCCUCUAAUUUUGUGAAAUUACCGGGGCAUUUGAAGUCCCAAUCUACUUGUUUCUCAUUCAGUGUUUCACCUGUAAUUUUAGUGUGUACAUUAAUUGGGUAC